CGACUCGCUCGACUUACUUACCUCUUGCAAUAAUGCGAUCAUCGCCAUCGCCCUAGGGAUUAGAGCAUGUCAAAGAGAAGAAUAAGAAGUGAUUGCAAGCAAGUGCCGUGUUCGAAAUGACACCAGUAGGGGAAAAGGAUGGGGUACAGAUUUCGAGUGAAGAACAGCAAGCUGCGCCCGAGGUUAGACACUAUUUGCAAAGCCACUUACACAUCAAAUCAAUGCUGAAGUACCAUCCAGCUUUCUGACACACGGAAAACUUUGUAUGCGUCGAAAGGCAAGAUGAUAGGCCUCGGCGUGUCUGGUCUGGUGGAGUUGUCCGAAGAGGGAUAUGCAAUCAAAUCGCCAUGGCCCCCUGGAUCAGAAGAUAGCCUGAGCGACAUGAGAUUCGAAGCCAAGGUCUACAACCAUCUAGGCUCUCACCCUCGCCUCAUCAAGGUCAUAGACUGGGAUGCUGAAGAGUGUUGCUUAACCAUGGAAAACAUGUCCAAUGGCACUCUGAAAGAUUACCUCGAGAAAAGCAACGCAUGCCUUUCCGAACCGCAACGUCGGCGAUGGAUCCUGCACGCAGUGGAGGGACUCGCGUAUCUUCAUACGAAAGGUGUCAUCCACUACGACUUCAAGCCGAAGAGUGUUCUCCUCGACGAGAACUUGGAGGCAAAGAUUGCUGAUUUUGGAUGUUCGGCGUUCAAUGGGUUGAAACCCACUGCCGGUGCUGAUUUACGAUACACACCUCCCAAAGGGGGCAACAUCAGCAGUGGCGUAUAACUCGAUAUCUUUGCAUUCGGGAGCACGAUUUAUGCCAUUCUGACCGGAAAAGAUCCGUUUGUUGGAGAUGCGAUUAUCCUGAUAUUUUGGAGGAUGUGGAGAUUGACAAGAUUGUGAGAGAUUGUUGGAAAGGGGCAUAUACUUCGGUCGAGGAGGUAAAAAGGAAUGUCGAUAGCUUCAGUCAACGGAUUGCGUCUGUCACGGUUCUAUGACCAACAGAUGUCCGGCCUGCUGAAGAUUGAAGCUGGAUUGAUGCAUAGGCACAUUUCAUACCGCUGCUCAAAAGACAGAGCAGCCAGUCCUCUAUCCAAGCCGAGCUGGAAGCUACCUAGUCAGCAGGGGUCGUAACGAGUCUUUUGAGCCAUACUACCUACUCCGAAAUUGUCACUCUAGACGAAGCGCUCAUCCAUGAGCAAUGCUUAGCCCCUGUUAGGGUAGAUAAACGCCCGUAU